CGUCAGGAGUUGUGUUGUCAAAAUGGCAGGACACGAACACCACCAUCACUUCUCUUUGUGUUUCUGUGAUUUAAUGAGGCUGCUGUGGUCCCUGGUGAUGCCCUGCGUUUACCUCAGUCUGGUCCUGACUCUGGUUCUGGUCCUGGUGGUUCUGGGUCUGCGGCUGUGGUUGCAGGGCCGCCGGAGGACCCGCCAGGCUCAGGGGACCGGGGCGGCGCUGGCCUUUUUCCACCCGUACUGUAACGCAGGAGGAGGCGGGGAGCGGGUCCUGUGGUGCUCCCUGAGGGCACUUAUGAACCGAUACCCAAGCGUGUCCUUCGUGGUUUACACGGGGGAUAAGGACGUGAGCGGUGAGCAGAUCCUGGAGGGAGCACGGCGACGUUUUAACAUCACGCUGCCUCGACCCGUCACCUUCGUCUUCCUGCGUCACCGCGGGUUGGUGGAGGCCUCUUCCUACCCCCACUUCACCCUGCUGGGCCAGAGCCUGGGCUCCAUGUUCCUUGGGUGGGAAGCCCUCACAGCCUUUGUUCCCGACCUGUACGUGGACUCGAUGGGUUAUGCCUUCACACUUCCGAUCUUCUGCUACCUGGGAGGCUGUAAAGUGGCGAGCUACGUUCACUAUCCUACAGUCAGCACUGACAUGCUGUCUGUGGUCCGGGAGAGGAACCCCAGAUUCAACAACUCAGAUUUCAUCUCCAGAAACCCGGUUCUGAGUGCGCUGAAGGUUCUGUACUACUGCCUCUUUGCUCUGAUCUACGGCCUGGCCGGCUCCUGCAGCGACGUCAUCAUGGUGAACUCCACCUGGACGCUGGGACACAUCCUGGCUCUGUGGCGCUCCCCGAGCCGCACCAGCAUCGUCUACCCGCCCUGCGAUGUCCAAGCCUUCCUGGACGUCCCGCUGGAGGACGAAGACGAGGUGGAAGAAGGCUGGGAGGAGCUCGGACGGGAGCUGGGCAGUGAAGAGGAGGAAGGAGGAGGAAGAGGAGGAGGGGGAGACAGGAAGUGCCACUCUAUCGUGUCUGUGGGUCAGUUCAGGCCAGAAAAAGAUCACCAGCUGCAGAUUAGAGCAUUUCGCAAGCUCUUGGAUAAGAAAGGGGAGGGGCCCGGAGGCCGGGAGUCGCUGCGGCUCAUCCUGAUAGGUGGCUGCAGGAACCAGGAGGACAAUGAGAGGGUCCUGAUGCUGCGAGGACUCUGUCAGGAGCUCGGGGUCUCCGACCGCGUCGACUUCAAACUCAACAUCCCGUUUGAGGAGCUGAAGAGGGAGCUGGUGAACGCCAGCAUCGGGCUGCACACCAUGUGGAACGAGCACUUCGGUAUAGGUGUGGUGGAGUGCAUGGCUGCAGGAACCAUCGUCCUCGCCCACAAGUCUGGAGGGCCGAAGCUGGACAUCGUGGUGCCGCACCAGGGCAGGCAGACCGGCUUCCUGGCCGACAGCGAAGACAGCUAUGCUGCCGCCAUGGAAACCAUCCUGGAGCUGUCGCCGUCAGCUAGACUGGAGAUAAAGCACGCCGCACGUGAAUCUGUCAGACGGUUCUCUGACCAAGAGUUUGAGGUGUGUUUCCUGUCUGCCAUGGAGUCCCUGAUGAGUACACGGGUGUAAUGAGGAGGAGCAGAGGAGWUCUGACAUCUACCAGGGACCAGAACCUGAUCAGAGACUCGUUUCCCAGCUGUCUGUCAGCUGAACUCCAGGAGGUGCAGGUCGGAGUCUCUGCUGUCAAACUGAUGGGGCAUUAACACUGACAGGGCUUUCUGAAGGCUAAUUCGUAUUUCAAAACACGUCUUCGCAGCUGAACAGGACUGAAGAUCAGCUAAAACUAGCUAACCAUCAGCUGACGUGUCGUCUCAAAAAAAAACAUAAGUCAAACAGAAUCCUGAUGAACUCACAGAAUAACAAACUGAAGAGAAACAUGAAACGUAAGAUCCUCUCAUUAUGUUUGCAUGAGACCAAGUUUAUUAAUGUGAGAAAGUCAGACAGCUGCAGGAUGUUUAUAGCAUGUUCCACUUGAGCUGAGGGUCAAAACUCGGGAUAAAACUGAGCUGUCAUUCAAACGAUUUGUUCAGAAAUGGGUUAAAUUUACAUACUUUAAAACAUCAACAGGAAAUAGUUUCAUAUCUGAUUUAAAAUUUUCAACCCAAACGUUCAGAAAUGACUGGUUAAAGCUAAAAGCUCAUGUUUGUCAAUCAGAAGUGAUUUUCCCACGUUUGAUGCAGUGAAGCUCAGUCCGUCUCUGCUUCCUGUUUGAUCCGAUGUUUUGUGCUGACCUGGACUUGAUUCAUCUCCAGAUCAGGAAAUGAUACUAAAGGAUGAAGAGGAGGAGGAGAAUUACAGCACCUCAGAUUUGUGUAGAUAUGUUCCUUCACAGCGUUAAAGAGGAAGGGUUUAUUACAGUUUGUUUAUAUUAAAGCUGACAUGAUUUUUCUUUUUACAGUGAUUUUUCUUUAUUUACUGACUUCUGUCAGCAGAAUUUAUUAAAAAAAGCUUAUACUGCUUUAUGUAAUGGUUAAAGUUGCAGCUAAAACUAGUGUUCCAGUAGCUGAAGACCAAAUUCACUUUAUUUAAAUGUUUUUCAGCUGUUGUUGAUGAAGUCUGCGUGUAGUAAUAUGAUUAAAUAUAUAUUAUUUUAUAACCUGUAUCUUUAAAAAUUAUUAUUAUUUAUGUGGAUGUAUAGAGGACUAAUUAAGCUGUCUGAUAUUUACCUCAGUGCUGCCACCUAGUGGUCCAAAUCUCACAGAACAGGAAAGACUAAGCUCUGAGUGUUUCAUGAUCAAAGUUUAAACCUGUUUUUCUCACAUUGUCUGUCAAGUAAGAAAUUGCUUCAAAAUUAAACACAAAUUCUUUGACUAAUUAUGCACAAUAAACUGCACAGAAACUUU